UAAAUUUCCUUCGAGAAUUGAGCUCCCCCAAACAAAUGAGUAGAAAGAUGUGUUCCUGUGGUCACCCCUUAUACCAUUGAUCAGAAACAUGAUCUCUUUGCUCCACUGGCUUCCUCUUUUUCAUGCCAAAUCUAAACCCUUGUACAGUUUUAUCUACAAAACUCUAGGCUCUUUUUGCAUGGUAUAUCUCUCUUAAACCCCCUUCACCCUUCAAUCAUCAUCUUACCUUCAGUCAAAACUCCUCAACACACUUCCCAAUCACACGUUUCCCAUUUUCGUUCACACUUUUCUUUCCUCCUCUUUUCUUUCUAUAACUUCCUCAUACUCUUCCUUUUUUUCUACCCCUUUAUAUGCUCUUUUUUCUCCAAAAUUCUAUACCAAGAAACCCUUUGGACCAUAUUGUAUUGAAGCCUAAAAGUUGAGAUAUUUUGAAGAGAGAGGGAGAUAGAUAGAAAGAGAUGAGAAACACUGAAGCAACUCAAGUGGCUAUGGAGAUAGAAGCAAGUAAACCUGCAGGGAAUGGAACAACUUUACCAGGGUUGAGUCCUCUGAGUGAGACCCUUUGGAGAGAGAAGACACACGCAGAGUUGAUUGGUGAUGUCUCAGCAAGGCUCACAUGGAAGGAUCUAACUGUGAUGGUUACUCUUAGCAAUGGAGAAACUCAAAAUGUUUUGGAGGGUCUAACUGGGUAUGCUGAACCUGGAACUUUCACAGCUCUAAUGGGUCCUUCAGGUUCAGGAAAAUCCACUCUUCUUGAUGCUCUUUCAAGUCGCCUUGCUGCAAAUGCCUUCCUCUCAGGCACUAUCCUCCUCAAUGGUCGCAAAGCCAAGCUCUCUUUUGGUACUGCUGCUUAUGUGACACAAGAUGACACCUUGAUUGGUACCUUAACAGUAAGAGAAACGAUAUCGUAUUCAGCUCGUCUACGUUUGCCAGAUAAGAUGUCAUGGUCAGAUAAGAGAGCUCUGGUUGAGAGUACAAUUGUAGAAAUGGGUCUUCAAGAUUGUGCUGACACAGUUAUUGGAAACUGGCACUUGCGUGGGAUCAGUGGUGGGGAGAAGAGAAGGGUUAGCAUUGCCUUGGAAAUCUUGAUGAGGCCUAGAUUACUUUUCCUUGAUGAACCAACCAGUGGUCUUGACAGUGCUUCGGCUUUCUUUGUGACUCAGACACUACGUGCCUUAGCAAGGGAUGGGAGAACAGUGAUUGCUUCUAUUCAUCAACCUAGCAGUGAAGUGUUUGAACUAUUUGACCAAUUGUACUUGCUUUCUGGAGGCAAAACUGUUUAUUUUGGCCAAGCUUCAGAAGCAUAUGAGUUCUUUGCACAAGCUGGCUUUCCAUGCCCUGCUUUGAGGAACCCCUCUGAUCAUUUCCUUAGGUGCAUCAAUUCUGACUUUGACAAAGUCAAGUCCACUCUUAAAGGGUCCAUGAAACUGAGGUUUGAGGGUAGUGAUGAUCCUCUAGACAAGAUCACUACUGCUGAAGCUAUCAGAACUCUUUUUGACUACUUCCGCACUUCUCAGCACUCUUAUGUUGCAAGACAAAAAGUGGAUGAGAUAUCCAAAGUUAAGGGAACAGUGCUUGAUGCAGGAGGAAGCCAGGCUAGUUUCUUCAUGCAGUCUUUCACCUUAACCAAGCGUUCAUUCAUCAACAUGUCAAGGGAUUUUGGCUACUAUUGGCUUAGACUUGUAAUCUACAUUGUAGUCACUAUCUGCAUUGGAACCAUUUACUUGAACGUGGGAACUGGCUACAACUCAAUUCUGGCUAGGGGUUCAUGUGCAUCUUUUGUCUUUGGUUUUGUCACCUUCAUGUCAAUUGGUGGAUUCCCUUCAUUUGUUGAAGACAUGAAGGUUUUCCAAAGGGAGAGGCUUAAUGGACACUAUGGUGUUACUGCAUUUGUCAUCAGCAACACAUUAUCUGCAACGCCAUUCCUGAUAUUGAUCACCUUUCUCUCUGGAACAAUUUGUUACUUCAUGGUUCGCCUACAUCCUGGCUUUUGGCAUUACUUUUUCUUUGUGUUGUGUCUUUAUGCCAGUGUCACAGUGGUUGAAAGCUUAAUGAUGGCAAUUGCUAGUAUUGUCCCUAACUUCCUCAUGGGAAUCAUAAUUGGAGCAGGGAUUCAGGGCAUAUUCAUGUUGGUCUCUGGCUACUUUAGGCUCCCACAUGAUAUACCAAAGCCAGUAUGGCGCUACCCAAUGUCAUAUAUCAGUUUCCACUUCUGGGCAUUACAGGGACAAUACCAGAAUGACUUGAAGGGCUUGAUAUUUGACAACCAGACACCAGAUCUUCCAAAGAUACCGGGUGAAUACAUUCUGGAGAAUGUGUUCCAGAUUGAUGUCACCAGAUCAAAGUGGAUUGAUUUAAGUGUAAUCUUGAGCAUGAUUGUCAUCUACCGCAUCAUUUUCUUCAUCAUGAUCAAAAUCAAUGAGGAUGUGACCCCAUGGGUUAGAGGGUAUUUAGCCAGGAGAAGAAUGCAGCAGAAGAGUGGAACCCAGAAUACAACCAUUGCACCUGAUGUUCUCACUCAGUCCCCAUCUCUGAGAACCUACGUUUCCACCCAAACAAAAAAUGGUACUUCCAAAAGUUGAAGGGUGGAGAAUGUUGGGCUUUCAAAGAACAGAAGUUAAAGUCCUCAAAAGUUUGAAUGAACAAUGAAGCUUUCAUUAUUAAGUAGGAUUAGCUAUAUAUAUAACUUCAAAUUCUUAUCAUUUGUAUACAUCCUUAGUCUUUUUAACAAUGUUGACAUCCUCUUAGCUUUCUCAGUUGAGAAGAGGGUGAAGAGCUAUAUGAAAUUCUGUGAGUGUUUAUUAUUAAGUCAUCAAAGUCUUAUGUUUGAAAAUUUUCUGACCCAAUCCGGCAAUCCGCAUUAUACAUUUCAUUGUCCUCCAAAAUAUUACUUUGGUUU